AGCUCCUUGUUCGUCUGGGGUUUCUACGCCGAAGGUUGUCGGAAGGGCGGUCACGUUCCAAGAGAAGUAUUGGGUGAUCGACUGGCACCUCGGUAUGAAAGUCCCCUGUUGCGGGCCAGUUAUUUUCUUGCUGGAUGAGAGUGGCGGGUACUACCCAUGCGGGGGUAUCAAGACUUACUCGUUCGAUAAGAACAUGCCUGACGAGGAAUACAUGAGAUUCCAUCUGACGACGUGUUUCGACAUCUUCGGUCACGAGGUGCCUGACAACUACAAAUUCGUGUCUCCCCAUGUCGACAAGUUCCAAAAUUACGGCAUCCGCGCUGCAUCAAUGCCACCAUUCAACAAGUCGAAGAAGAAGGAUGAGUCGCAGAUGGUGAUGUUAAGGCCGUUCGAGUUCCUCAAACGCGUUAAUUGCUAUAAGGUGCCCAACCAUAUCGUGACGAUUGGCAACAAGCUGCAUUUGUCAACUCCCUUCGUGCCGUUCGAAUGUGAUCUUGGAGACUUCGCAAACAUGGUGCGACGUCACAAGCUGCAGGCGAUGGGCCAAGCCGUUUUGCGAACUACCGUCUCUGUGAGCUCGCCAAAGGCGGUAGGCAAGAGUUGUGGGGAGCCGAAAACAUCCGCCCGAGUGAGCAAAAGUGGGGCCUCAUCAACACAGGCAAAGAGCGUGAGCAAAUCAACUUCUUUGUUCCAGCCGAAGCGUGUGUCUGCGACGCGGGCACCAUCACAUGCAGAAUAUGCGGCACGCGUUUCUUUGACUCCGACUAGUGGGGCCUCUGACCAUGAGGAUGACGACGAAAAGACAGAGGAGGACUCGCGCUUCAGGCAGUGGGACGGUGAGCGAUGGGCCGAUGGCAAUGACGCGAAAGAUACGAAAGGGGACGACGACGAACAUCGGUUCUACGACGGUGCACACGAUGAAGAGGGAAGCUUGGAGGAUGGUUGGGCUGAAGGCGAUGGUAGUGAAGGCUAAGAGGAUGGUGGUCACGAAGGCGAUGGGAGUGAAGAAGAAGAAAAUGAGGAUGCAAGUGACGAGGACGCUGAAGAACAGGAAGACAACUACGAAGAGGGGAGCGAAGGAGAUGAGGGUGGGGCAGACGCGACGACGGCGGGAAUAGAGGGUCGCAGAAAAGGCGGGAACAAGAGAAGCGGAGACGAGCUAAGCUCAUCACCUUACAGGCCUCAAAGGAGGCUUACAAGAGAUCCUUAGAGGCCCAGCCCGCUGAACCAGCAAAGGAAAAGCGUGAACGAACUCGAUCUUCCUAGAGACCGAAGAAGAAAGCAAAGGCCGAGGAGACAAAGGAAGUGGCGGACACCGGGGACGAAGCAGCGGGGUCGA